AACAUACAUUUUCGAAAGGGAAAUUAGUCACUAAUAAAAAUAAAAUUUAUUUCAGCUUUCAAAAUUGUCUAUUUAAUUGUUGUGCAUUAAUUAAUCAAGUCUAAUUCUUUACAAAAUGUUUUCGAGCGGACCAAAUUACAAUAAGCUAAAGACAAAUCUUCGUCUAGCUGUAAAUCGGCUUAAAUUACUUGAAAAGAAGAAAACAGAGACAAAUCAGAAGGCAAGAAAGGAAAUUGCAGAUUUUUUGGAGAUCCAAAAGCCUGAUCGGGCAAGGAUACGCGUUGAGCAUAUAAUUAGAGAAGAUUAUUUGGUAGAAGCUAUGGAGAUCCUUGAAAUGUUUUGUGACUUGCUACUAGCGAGAUUUGGCUUAAUCACACAACUUAAGGAAUUGGACGAAGGCAUUUCUGAAGCUGUAUCGAGUAUUAUUUGGGUAGCUCCUCGUUUGCAAGCUGAUGUUGCUGAACUUAAAAUAAUAUCAGAUAUGCUAACAGCGAAAUACGGAAAGCCUUACAGUGAUUCUUGUAGAGCAUCUAUUCCUCCAUCAAAUGUUUCUGAGAAACUUCAACAUAAAAUGAGCAUUCAAGCCCCACCAAAGCUUCUCGUUGAAAAGUAUUUAAUUGAAAUUGCAAAAAUUUUCAAUAUCGACUAUGAGCCUGAUCAAUCAAUCAUGAAGGACGAACAAAGGCCCGAUGGAUUUCUUAUUGAUCUUGGAGAUAAGAACAAUUUGGAUGGAAAUCUUCCUCAACCACCACCUCCCAAUCCAGGCUUUAUUGGAUAUCCUCAGCCUCCUAAUCUACCAAUUUUGCCUCAACCGUCGAAUAUUCCAUUCAAUUAUCCAAGCGGUCCAAGUGGUGGAGCUUCUUCAUCCUUUACAAGCUAUCCAAGUGCUCCAUAUAAUUAUAAUAUACCGCCUAAUCCCAUGCCUCAGCAACCGCAAUUUCCUUCAAUGCCUGAGAAAAAGGACUUGAAUGUCAACUUUUUGAAUGAGGAAAAAAGACAUGAAUCAAUGCCUCCACCUUAUUCUUCUAUAAGUCCAGAGGAUAAUGCUCAGUUUGUUCCAAAUUUAUCAAUGCAACCAAAACCUGCACCGCGCGCAAAGGUUUUGCCUGAUCUACCAAAUGUUCCGUCAAAUUUGCCUGAUGUACCGAGUGAAAAUACUCAAAACGCACCAGAUGACUCUGAAAUUGAUUUCGAUGAUUUGACAAGAAGAUUCGAAGAACUAAAGAAGCGUCACUAAGAUGAUAAAUAUUCUAUUAAACAAAAAUUUAUAUUGUUUCCUUUUGUAUCUUAUACGUUAUAAUAAAGCAGAUUAAACAAUUUUAUCUUAUUUUUGCUAAACCAGGCUAAACUUUAAGCUGGAAGUAAAAAGUGUUAUGGUUUGAAUUCCUAUAAAAAAA